CUGAUAUCAAUAUGAGAAUCCAGACCGUUAUCCUUGGCUGUGCCAUCUUGGCCGUUUGCUUGAUCAGGAGCAGCGAUGCCGCUUGUGCCGACCCAGCCGCAUGUACACCUACGGAGUGUCAAGAUCCUGCCAAUGCCGCGGAGCCAACCUGUCAAACAACAACUCCUGCACCACAGCCAACAACUCCAGCAGCAGGAGGAGUCACAACAACAGCCAGUUCCGAUACAACAACAACAACUACAGUAUCAUCAUCAGUGUCAGCUACAACUACUGCCGAGUACGCUGCUUUGCUGCGUUUGAGGCGCAGACUCCGCCGUAUCCUGCGCCAACGUCGCUUGGCCGCACGCAGGAGGCGCUGGGUUACCAGAAGGAGAGCUGCUGGAAGAAGGAGGGCUCAGCUGAUGGCCCCCAGGAGACGCGUAAACAACAGAGUCAACAGGAACGGCAGACGCCAAAACAGAAUUGGUUAAGCAAUUCUAUGCAAAAACUAUGCACAUGUCAAUUGAAUAAAUAUAUUAAAAUGCAUUGCUAAUACAUUUUAAA